AUGAGUUUGCAACGAAAAGACGACUCCAGAUAUGACUUUGAGAUGCCUAAAUUCUGGGAUUUCACAAAUUCAAUACCCCAGGAAAGGCCAGAUGAAAGUUGGUUUAGCCCAGCAAACGUCUCAGGCCCAUCCUUCCCUUGGCUGCACAAAAAGAAAAGAAGAGCGCUUCGAGUCAAACAUCCCCUGAAUAAACCAGCCGAAUCACACAACCAGCAUGCCAAAGCGCCAGUGCCUAAAAAGCCUACAUCCAAUGUAUUUGAUAGGUUAUCUACUCACAGCACGAUAUCAGCAUCGAAAAAGAUGCAUCCACAUAUUUCUGUUGAAAAGGGAAGGCCAACACCAAAAAUGCAUGCUCCACCUCAAACAGAACAUCCUUCACAGUCAGCAGAGGCAAUAGCAACACAGGAAGAUGAACAAUAUCAAUUGGAUCAAGAUACAAACAUAGAACCUGUUGCUGACAGAAUCGCUCGCAUCGAGAAGGAAUUGACAUCGAAUAAGGAUGCAGCAUUCAAGAGAAGCAAUAGCAAUGAGGAAUCAUCACAGCCAUCCAAGAUUCAGAAAAUUAUCAAUGCACAAUUCUCAUCAUUAUCAUCAUCGCUCUCAUUCAAACGAGCGAUACCAACAUCUCGUCCAUCAACUGCCACCAAUACUAAUAUAACCAUGAAAACAACGACAGCACAUCCAACUCAAGUUGAACCUCCAGCUAACGUUACGGCCUCGCAACUUGCUCCUCUACAACGUCCUCCUACAACAAAUCGCAGAUCUCUGUACAAUGAACUACAAAUGCAAAAGACAGCUCCAUUGCAACAAAACGAAAAGGUACGCUCCUCUACACCAAUGCCUUCAUCUGAAGUGUCAUCUUCAUCUUUACCUCGACCACAAGCUUCACGUCCAUCAAUAACAAACCGAAGAUCUUUUUAUCAUGAACUACAAUUCCAAAACAAUGGUCUAUCGCAACACAUGGAAAGGAAGCCCUCAUCUUCACCAAUCUCUCCAUCUCGACCUGCCCCUUUACCUUUACCUCAAUCACAAGCUCCACGUCCACCUUCGCUGAUACUUCAGUCUUCACAAUCACCUCAAUCUCCACACUCACCUCAAUCACGAAUGCAAUCUCAACCUCAACCUCAAAUGUCAUUUCAACCAUCUCCGCCUUCGCCACGGCCGCAACCACAAAACAAUGUACCUUUCAAAGAGGCAGAAGCGACUCAAACCAAUGAUGGCACAUCCACAUCUGACUUUUUUGAGGACUUGCUGAGAGCCAGGAGAAAGAAGGCCAAUGUUCAUGCACCACUGCAUAGCAAAAGAAAUACAGAUAAGUUCUUUGAUUCUCUAUUGAAGUCUAGCCAAGAAAAGCACAAGAGCUAUCAUUUUUUAACUCCCAACGCCCUGGAAGAGCAAGAGCAUAGAGGCGCGCCAUCUCAAGCAUCCUCCAUUGAUAUGAAACAACCCAAGCAGCGGAUAGACCACAAAAGUGCAUCUCUACCGCCUCAUACAGUCACUACAACUAGUCAGCAUAAGGAACAUGGACCUGAAUUAGUACCGCCUCCUCGUCUCACUCAGAUAUAUGCGCCAUCCAACAAACAGAAAUACUUAUUGCAGGAAGACAGAUACUUUAUUGAUGAAAGAAUCGCAAAAGCUAGAAAGGCUCUAAGAGAGUCUAAAGAACGAACGAGAAAAUGGCUUGAGGCGUUAUCUCCCAAUCGACCAUUGAAGCAGUGA